GACGGCUUCUGCGCCGCCGCCAUGCCGGGCGGGCUGGGGACGCAGGCGGGUGGUGCACGGGGCCUCUACCGGCGGAUCCUGCUGCUGCACCGGGCGCUGCCACCCGCCCUGCGGGAGCUGGGCGACCGCUACGUCAAGGAGGAGUUCAGGAAGCACAAGGCCGCGGGGCCCGCCGAGGCACAGCGCUUCCUGCGGGAAUGGGAGAACUAUGCAGCGCUGUUAUGGCAACAAAUUAAUGAGGACAAACAGAGCUCGAAAAAAAAGGCUGUAUUUGGGAUCCAACUCACAGAAGAGAAGCUCAGUGACUUCCGUGAUGAGCAGAUUGGGCAGCUGAAGGAGCUGAUGGACGAGGCUACCAAACCUAAGCAAAAAAUCACCACUUCUGAAGACUCAGAACACAAAAGCUGAAAGAUUCAGAUUUGUCUUAAUGCAUGUAGAAGCAUUUUGAAACUUCCUUUUCCAGCUGGGGUAGAAUGUGAUUUCUGUGGAAUGAUGGCUGCUGCUGAUGCCAUAACCUGUCUGAAGGUGGUACCUCUGACUUGUUUUGCAAUCGUGACUGGUAAAAUGGAAUAAUCGUGACAAUUUUAUGUCAAUUACAAUGUUUUUGUUUUCCUAAUGGAAGGUGGAGACUUAAAGAAUUUGGUAACAUUGAUCUGAUGUUUUAAAAAUAGAAGGUUUUAAUUUUAAUCUAAGGACUCACAGAGCAGAACUUCUGUCUGUUUUUACAUCAUCCUCUGCUGUGAUGGAAAAGGUACAGCUAAGAUUUGUUUUUCUGAUGUGGAUUCAAUAAACAAAGAACAGAAGUAUCGUUCUGAAGUGCAUUCAUUUCAAAGGAAAGAAGUGAGGAGUAUUAGAAACAUACUGUUGUUAAUUCUUCUUCAGCUUCAUUGUGAAAUGUGUUAUAAAAUAAAAGAUGCAAUUCAUUGUUAAA